AUGGCAGAGUUCAGCAGCAAGAAGCGAGUCCGAGUUGACUCGGACGAAACAUUCGAGGCUGGAUUUGACGCCCCUGAGGUAAAGCGUUUGAGGGAAGAUCUCUUGGGUAAUUUUGACGAUGGCGAGUUUUAUACGGCGAGUUUGGAGCUUGAUUCGUUUAUGAAGAGCUUUGAGGAGGAGAUUUUAUCUGGGACGCCAACGACAACUACGACGGCUGUGGCUGUAGUUGACUUGACCUCGUCGGAGUCCGGCGAGUCUCAGCCGGAUUUGGGUUACCUAUUGGAAGCUUCCGAUGAUGAGUUGGGGCUUCCGCCGACGACGAGUGAGGGGCAAAAUGGGAAUGAGGAGGAUAAGGCUGAGUUGGUCCGAGUUGAGUCUGACUCGUCUGGACUCAGGGGUGAGUUGUGGGGGUACAGCGAGGAGCUACCGAGUUAUGACUCGUUCGAUGUUGGAAUCGGUGAAUUUGGGGAUUAUAUUGGCGGCGGAGGCGAAUACGUGGCGCUAGAUGGAUUAUUUGAUUACUCCGAUCUGGGUUUCGGGUCAACUGAUUUCACGUGGAGACCCGAGACUCUACCGGCCAAAUAG